AUGGCGGCACCCACCGCAGAGGCCAACUCGAAAGAGUCCGCCAGUCCCAACAACGCCAACGCAACGAGACCCGAAUCGCCCAAGACCUCUCCCGCCUACUGGGGCUACCUCUUUCAGGAUGACAAGACGCCGACAAAAACCCUCGAGGCCUUGUUGCGCGCCGUCGCAAAAUACAUUAUGGCAGAAAUCGGCGACAAGCGUAUUCACUUCUUGACGCCCACCAAGCUGGCUGCCUUUUACCGGGCCGUCGGCGGCGAUUACGACUCCCUCUUUACCGGCAUGGACCAUCAGUCCAUAUCCUACAUCUGGCGUGUUACUGGCUGCCAACACUCCUUACAGCCCAUUCCCGGCAACGACUUCGAACCUCCGUCCGUCCCUGCCUUGACCCCGCGCGGCUUCGUGCGCUGGGAGUCGAUCGAGAUCCUGCUCGGGCCUGAAGAGCACGUUCCCUUCAUGCAAUAUGUCGUCAAAAACUGGGCGCUGAAGCACCCUGAAACGGGCGAGCCCUUUCCAACCGAGCUGCCCAAGGAAGCCUUCCCACUCGAAGCCGACACUGAGGUCGACAAGUGGCACAAGGCGUGCGCCGAGAAACUGAAGAAAGACGCCACGCCUCGAUCCGACCCGGCCGCGCCUGGAGCAACGCCACGACGUCACAGCCAGACGAAGCACUCGAGCUCGGAUGCGCCGUCUGAUUCGGAUGGCGGGAACGCGAGCCCGGAUACCAAACGUCGGCCGCAGAGCCACGAAUCGAUGCGCCCCCCGCCCACCAUUCGCCGCAUGGCUCCCAAGAACUCACAGGUCCCUCCAUCACCGGCCGUCACCGCGACAGCACAAAAUCUCCAUCCUCACCGAGCCGAGACGAGAGCAGAUGAGACGCGCAAGCGCACGCUACCCAUCCCAGAGGUUAUCAGGGACAAGUUUGACAAGGUCGGCGGAGCGACUUGUGAACGAGACCGCGAGCGUGAACGGGAACGCGAGCGCGAGCGAGAAAGGGAACGCGAACUGUUAGCUGCACGUAGGAAGCGUGAUCAGAUGGCGCGCGCCAACGGGGGCGUCCGGGCUCAGUCGCAGCUUGGUCUGAUAAAAGAUUCCGAUGAGUCGGACGCCGCCUCUGACGAGAGCGCCGUCGAGAGGCGCCGACGCCAGCGGCUUCGAGAGAAUCGUGACAGGGAACGGGACGAGUAUCAACGCGACCGCGAGAGGGCUGACCGUGUCCGCGAACGCGAGAGAGAGCGGGAGCGAGACCCCGGCAGAGAUCGCGGCCGCGAGAAGGAAUGGGAACGGCAGCGCGAACGCGAGCGGGAAGACGAGCGUGAGAUGCGUAAGCGGGCCGCCGCGGUACAUCCCGCGCCCCGAGGCCCAGCGCCGGACCAAGCAGCCACGCCGACGUUGAUCGCAUGCGGGAUGAGCUAUGGGACCCUCGCGACCGGGGAUUUCAGGGACGACAGGAAAAGGUGGAACGAGCGAGAGCGGGCCCGUGGAGCCCCAAUGACUGGGUUGUGUGGGGGCGGCGAUACCCCCCUGAGCCUGCCUGAAAGCUGA